GUGAAAAAGGAAGGGGAUAUCACCCAGGUGCAUGAUGAAGCUAGACAUUAAAAAGGCAUAUGAUUCUGUAAGUUGGAAAGCAGUUCUGCAGAUUAUGGCAGCUUUGAAAUUCCCUCCCAUAUUCAUUAAAGUGGAUCAAUUUCUGUAUUACCAGUACAGCUUAUUCCAUACAGUUGAAUGGGUUCUGCAUUACUAUACUGACAAUAGCUCCUUCACCUACCACCCAAUGUGUAAAAGUUAUAAACUUGUUAAUCUGGUUUUUGCUGAUGACUUAAUUGUUGUGAGUAAAGCAGAUGAAAAAUCAGUGAACUGUAUAUUCAAAGCUCUGAAACAUUUCUCUCUAACAACUGGUUUGCACAUCAACCAAGCCAAGUCACAGAUAGUAACUGGAGGAGUAAGGAAGGAAAUUGAAACGAGGAUAUUGGAGCUCACUAAUAUCCCUAAGGGUGACUUUCCUUUCAGAUACCUAGGUAGAGCUAGAUUGAUCAAUUCUGUUCUGUAUGGGGUUAUCUUCUUCUGGACUAGAAUCUUUAUCAUUCCCAAUAAGAAGGUUUCUCAAUGGGCUGGAACUGACCUUACUGCUCGCAAUAUUAAGGAGAUGGAAGACAAAAUUAAUAUCCUUUAUGGAAGAGUUGAGUUUCAUGACGGAGUCUGUAUAGCUUAUGAUCAUGUGGAUGAAAUCUUGAAGACGCUCCACUUAUUUCGUCAUCUUUUAGAUCUACCGUAUUCUGAUUCUGAGUUAUAUGCGUUCAAUGUGGAAAUCUAUUGCUCGAUACAAGAUUUGGUGCGUGGUACUCCAAUGGCAUUGAGUGAUAUUCCCUUGGAGUUAAAAAGUUUCAAAACAAAGAUGAUGGACGCUAUAAGGAAUCUUCUCGGUGUUCCCAUUGCUCCACUUGAUCUAGCCCCUUCAGCCACUCUACACAAUCCAACAUCUAAGGACAUGGAAUCUGUGGAGCGUACUAUUCGUAAUUCAGUGAGAGUUCUUGAAGUUGCUGAUGAUGGUGUUUCUGUUGAAGGUAUUGUUAAUGCCUUUCCAUUAGAUCUUGUAGUUGUUGAAACACCUGUAGAUGCACCGGGUAAGGGGGAAGUUGCAAAGGAUCAAACAUUGUGCAAUGCCAUCAUCGCAUGUAGCCUUGUGCCUCCUUUCAAAACCACCCAAGUAGCAGAUGUGAAUUAUACGCAAGCGGACAUCUCAUUGUCCUUUGAUAUCAUCCAGACCUCCGACCAUGCGAACAAAGUGGAGUCUGAGUAUUGGGUUUCACCGCGGGCAGCUAAGUUUGUAUUUGCUCUUCUCGCUUAUGCCCAUCGCUAUACUCCAAUCUGCAGGCUUAAUGAAGAUCUGACAUCAAGUGGCCAUAGUCUUUGGGUCAUCAUUUUCUCUCCAGGCAUGAGUGGGAGCCUCCACCUUGAGGACAAGGUGGUUUUCUAAGGGGGGUACACGUAAAUGUAAAAAUGAGAUUGGAUCGAUCUUGAGAUAUACAUUUGUGCUAAGAAGAUCAUUCCUGAACUUCUAGAUAAAAUCAAGCUGGAAUUGGAUU